CAUAUCUCUAAAGGUUGAAUUUGGGUCAUUUAGCCUGCGAGCUGCUUGACCCUUUCUGUCUCAAUGUCACGGGAGUGUCUGGCUGUGUGUGUUCCCAGCAGAGAUGGGGAUAGUUAAAUCCCUCAUACGCAGAGUGUCCUGCACCUUUGAGCACCUGGGGAGCUGCCACCGGGAUUUGACUGCUUUAAAAUGGGCUGGGGUUAAACCAAUAGACUCUUCUUUGUGAGAAAUGUCCCAUGAACUCCCCUGAUCUCCCUUGUUUUCUAUCCCCUCAGCAGGGUUUCCUGUUCCCAAACCUGAUGUGAUCUCUCAGCUAGAACGAGGGGCAGAGCCGUGGCUCCUGGAUCUCCAGGGCUCUGAGGAAGGAGAUAUCCUGAGAGCUGUCUACGCAGCAGGUGCUGGGAUGGUGAGUGAGAACGAGGAGCUGAAUCCUCAGCAGGAAGAUGCUGAACAAGUGGAAGCACACGGGGGAUUAUUGCAAGGAUCCCAAGGGAAUGUGUCCAGGUGUUGUGUGCAGGGAAAAGCCUGUGAGAGUCAGGACAGGCCAGAGAGGGAGCAGGGAAUCCAGCCCAGGGAGAAAGUGGGCAAUUCCAUUAAUUGUCUGGGGACUCACCAUAACUCCAAGGAAAUCACAGCCCAGCAGAGAAUACCCACAGAAGAGAGAAAAAACACAUGCACUGAGUGUGGGAAACAUUUCACUCUGAUCUCCAUCCUCAUUAGACAUCAGCGGAUCCACAUGGGAGAGCGGCCCUACAAAUGCUGUGAGUGCGGGAAACAGUUCAGGGAGAAAUCAAACUUUGUUACACAUCAGACAAGCCGCACAAGGGAGAGACCCUAUGAGUGCUGUGAGUUCAGGAAAAGCUUCACUCGGAGCUCUACCCUUACUAGACAUCAGAGGAUCCACACAGGAGAGCGACCCUAUACAUGCUGUGAGUGCGGGCAAACGUUCGCUCAGAGCUCAGCCCUAUUUAACCAUGAGAAGAUCCACACAGGAGAGCGCCCCUACGAAUGCUCUGAGUGCGGGAAACAAUUAAUUGAGAAAUCAAAAUUUAUCAAACAUCAGACAAGCCACACGGGAGAGAAACCCUAUGAAUGUUGUGAGUGUGGGAAACAGUUCAGUGAGAAAUCAAACCUUACUAAACAUCAGACAAGCCACACAGACCAUAGACCCUAUGAGUGCUGUGAGUGCGGGAAAAGCUUCACUCGGAGCUCAUCCCUUAUCAGACAUCAGAGGAUUCACACAGGAGAGAGACCGUAUAAAUGCUGUGAGUGCAGGAAAAGCUUCGCUUUCAAAUCAGAUGUUAAUAAACAUCAGAGGGUCCACACGGGAGAGCGCCCCUAUGCAUGCUGUGAGUGCGGGAGACAGUUCAGUCAGAAAUCAAACCUUAGCGCACAUCAGAGAGGCCACGCAGAGCAGAGUCCCUAUGAGUGCUGUGAGUGUGGGAAAAAAUUCACUCAGCGCUCAGGCCUUAUUAAUCACCAGAAAAUCCACAUGGGAGACCGCCCCUAUACAUGCUCUGAGUGGGGGAAACAGUUCAGUGAGAAAUCAAACGUUAUUAAACAUCAGACAGGCCACACAGGAGAGAGACCGUAUGAGUGCUGUGAGUGCGGGAAAAGGUUCACUCAGCGCUCAGGCCUUAUUAAUCACCAGAGAAUCCACACGGGAGAGCGCCCCUACACAUGCUCUGAGUGCGGGAAAAAGUUCACUCAGAGCUCAGGCCUUAUUAAACAUCAGAGGAUCCACACGGGAGAGAGACCCUAUGGAUGCUUUGAGUGCAGGAAAAGCUUCACUUUUAAAUCAGACCUUAUUAAUCAUCAGAGAAUGCACACGGGAGAGCGACCCUAUGUAUGCUGUGAGUGUGGGAAAAAGUUCACUCAGAGCUCAAGUCUCAUCAGUCAUCAGAGGAUCCACCCAAGAGAGUAGCCUGUGAAUGUGGGAAAAGUUUCAUCCGGAGCUCACACCUUAAUAGACAUCAGCGAUGUCACAGGAUAGAGACACACCAUAAACACUUUGUGUAGGGCAGAGAAAAGAUUGUUUUAAAGCCAUUUGCUAAUUCCCACACAGGGACUUUUUAGGGCUGUUUGCACCAUUUGCAUCACACUGUUCUCUCAGCUCCCCCAGGUGAGUUGCCUGCUUUUCGUUUUGCAGGUCGCCCUUCUCUGGAGUGAAUCCUGUGGUCCUUUCUACCAACUUCUUUCUAAUGUGAGUCAUCAUGGGAGUGUCUCUCUCCUGCCAGGAGUGUCCAUCAGCCCAGGGGUGGGAAAUAGGAGUGACCUCAAGUAGCUAAAUUGAGCAAAAAUCGACCUGGGCUUUGCCUCCUCUAGGAUUUUCCAUGGAGUCGGCCUGCUGGAGGUAGCUACCCUAAUGUAAACACCCUGCUAGAUGUGCCGUGCUGACAUAGCCCAGGCACAGGGGUUGGGGUUAGCUAGCACCUUCCCCUUUGACCUGUCCUAAUCAACAACAAUUUUCAUACUCAAGACAAGCCUUGAGCAUCACAUUUAUACUCUCACCGCACUAGCAGAGCGAUUGUUAGAGUCACCAAGUUCCCCCUUUGGUGACAGAUUGUCUCAUCCCCAGUUGUUCUCACGCUGGUCCAGGUUGUGCUGGGCAGUGGGUUGUUUGUUUUUUUCCCCAUUUUCCUCAUUUAAAAUCUAUUUCAAUAUAACAAAGAGGAGGAGCAGGACUGGGACAAAUGUAUCAUUUCAGCCUCUGCGACACGGGAAGGAAAGGGGGUGAGUCGGCGGGAUUACCUCCUUCCCCAUCGCCGUCACUAGGCCCGCUCACUCCAGCAGCGCUGGCGUCUGUCUGAGCCACAAUGGAGUUUAUCCACCUCUGUUCUACCCCUCCACCUCCCACAAAGUCUCUGCACUUCAUAGCAAAUUGAUCCUAAAUCCGACUCGUUAGGGCUGGAGAUGGAAGUGUCCCAGACCUGGAUGGGGAAUUUCUGUGGAUCCCAAACACAGUGUGAACAUUCCGAGUUUAAAUCCCAGUUUCUGUCUAUUGACAAAGUCACUUCUGGACAUUUCCCUGCUGAGCUGGGAUUGUUUGCACAUGAGAAACUCAGCAGUUUUUCCUUAUUACGACAAUGCUAAUUUUUGUUGUUGUCAAUAACACGACUCCAUAAUAAUGUGGAGUGAAGCCAGUUUGAAUGGCUCAGAGGAGAAAGUGAUGGGGGAAUCUGCUCUCCUGAUUUUUGAUUCAUCCGAUGGAACCUGCUCUGGAAUUUAAUUUUAUAUAAAAUUGAACAUGACUUAUACAGAGCUAGUUGAGUGGUGUUAAGAAUAGUUUAGAUUUAGU